CAAAAAUGACCCACUUAUACGAGAGUUUGCUAGUUCAAAGUUGUGCCGAUUAGGCGAAAAAAAAGAACAAAGGGUGAAAGACGUUGAUAACGUGCGAACAAAAGUGAGAACAGUUGGUAGGUUACUUAAACAACUACAUCAGAAUAAUGAAGCUAAAAGUCCACUUUCAGAAUUCAUAACUGGGAUGAACUUCAUGAAAGUAUUAAAUGCUACUAAGAACAUAUCAUUGGAAAGCGACUCGCCGCAGUUGGCUCUCACUAUUGGCCACUACAUUAAACACAUCGCAUUGUUGAAAAGCAGCAUAGGGGUCCAGACCGAAGACGAACAAAUGAUCAAAGAAGCACGCCAUUUUACAGAACUAUACAACGCACACUGGAAUGACAGGGUUUCCUGUGUUGCCAAAAGAAGACAGCAAAUGAGACAUAUCAAUAAACCGACAAAGGUACCACUGACGUCCGAUCUUAUAAAAUUAAAAGACUGGCUUCUUCAACAGCUUAGAAAUGUCAUCAAAGUGGAGAAUCCGACGCGAGUACUUUGGGAAAAGGCGGCAAACAUGGCAAUGGUCAGAAUUGCCAUGUUUAAUAAAAGGAGAAUUGCGGAAGUCUCCGAAAUGAAGGUAACCGACUUCACGGAAAUGGAAGCACAGGACGACAUUGAUAGCGAGAUAUACAAUGCACUGGAUAUGUCGGAAAAGAUUCUUUCUAAAAGAAUGAAAGUAAUCGAAGUACGAGGAAAAUCCACGAGGAGCUUACGGAAAGUUUGCGUUCUCCUGACUCCAGACAUGAUUGAUGCUGUGAGAUACUUGUUAAAAACCCGGAACAGCUCAAGCGAGUUUUUGUUUUCGAGACAAAGUGACAACACCCCGUUGGAUGGAUGCACUGCAAUGAGAACAAUAACUAAGGCAUGUCCAGGGCUGCAACAACCCGGUCUGAUCCGUACAAGAGAAAUGCGACGAUAUUUGGCGACUACGGCUCAGAUUCUUGAUAUGACGGGCGCUGAAUUAAAGAUGGUUGCUGAUCACAUGGGGCAUAACAUCAAUAUUCACACUGACGUUUACCGUCUCCAAAGUUCUAUCCUCGAAAAAACUAAAGUAGCGCGGGUGCUGAUAGCGACGGAGAAUGGAAGCAUCAGCAGGUAUCAAGGGAAGAAUCUCCAAGAAAUAUCACUUGAAGAUAUAGCAGAGCCUGUCUCGUUCGAGGACUCUUGGUCAGAAGGGGCAACAGGGACCGGAACUGGCACUGAUGCAGCCGUUACGCUAUCUGGGGACGAAUCCGACGACGAAAUCGAACUGCCGUUGUCGGAACACUCAGAUGAAAACAAGGCGAUCAGUUGCAGUCCUACAAGUUUGAUGUCUAAAGUACAACACCUUAAAGGAAAACAAGUGACUGCAAGAAGUGGAAGAGGGAUGAAGAGGAAGUGGAACGGGGAGGAGAACGAUUUCUUCCUGAACUUCUUUAAAGAAGAAAUAACCCAGAACAAGAUGCCAACUGGAGAGAAAAUUGUAAAGGCUCAGAAAAAGCUUAACCGAACCGUAGCACAAAUACGAACAAGGGUGCAUAAUAUAAUACAUGGGAAGCAGAAAGUAGCAUGAACCAAUGAUUGUUUCAAACAUACAUAAUUGAUGUAAAAUGCUUGCAGGAAGAAUAUUUAAGGUUUUAGAAGGCAUUUCUGUUUUGUUUUAAUGGAUUUAUUCGAAAAUUAUUUAAAAAAAGAUUUUUUUUGCAACAAGGGGUUAUGCACUUAAAAUAAUGUAAUUAAUUUUCUAACAAAAAAAAAACUGGUACCAUGAGUAGCAUGAAACAAAAACUUUUUUAAACAUAAGUAAUUGAUGACAAAUGAGUGCAGAGAUAAUAUGUAGGGUCUAAUAAAGCAUUUUAUGUUUGUUUUAAUAGGUUACUCUGAAAAUUCUAUUUAUCAUGAUUUUUGUUUGCAACA